GCCGCCCUGUAAAUCACGCAUGCGCAGUAGCGGGCGCUUUAAAACAGGUCUUGAGGAGGGAACGUGAAGACAGUCGCAGGUGGAACUGCAGUAACAGACGAGCAGGACAGCAGCUGGCAGGUUCUCUCAUGGGAGGCAGCUGUGGUUGAGAUGCUCCGCCGCAGGAUGAGACGGUCGUCGUGUUCGCCAUGACUCUGAGGUCCACGCUGUUUCCAAACACGGGAUUCAAGCAGGACGCGGACGCAGUGGACAGGGCGCGUUUCGGGGACGCACACGGGGGCGAGAUCCCGAGCAGAUCCCGGGACCCGGACCAGAGUUACAUGACAAGCAAAGUCCCCCUCGCGGCCACGGUUGCGGAGGUAGUUCAAGGAGAUAAUAAGACUGUGGGGAUAUUGUCCUCUGUGAGACAAAUGGGGGGUGAGGGAACCCCAGUGAAAGGUAAACCCCUCUCUGCUGAUAACAUGGAGAACACUCAGACGGCUCUGAACAACAACCCUAAGGAUGCGGGUGCGGAUGACAGCGUGAAGGGGGUGGUCCCCGAGGUCCUCGGCACAGCAUCCAUUGAACUCUCCUCUGAGGGCAAGUGGAGGAAUAUCAGGAAGACCCCCGCCAACCCGCACACGCAGGCCAACUGCCUCCGGCAGAUUCUCCUGCUCCAGCUGGACCUCAUUGAGCAGCAGCAGCAGCAGCUGCAGUCCAAGGACAAGGAGAUAGAUGAGCUCAAAGUGGACAAGGAGACGCUUCUUGCGCGCAUCGAGCGCAUGGAGCGUCGCCUGCAGCUGACGAAGAAGGACCCGCCACGCGACAAACGGCUAUUCCAGCCCCUGGAGCCGUGGACCCCCGACAAAGAGGACGUGUGGGAUCUGGAUGUCGAGGAGAGUCCGCAGCCCAACGCAGCCACGCCGCUCCAGUUUAGUCGGGGUGGAAAAGGUCAAAAGAGGAAAUCUUGCUUUGGAGAUGCGAAAAUGCAAAAGUCCCGAGGCAAAAGUGCCAAGCUCAGUCCCCAGAAACACGAAAUUCAGCCCGGCUCUCCCAAUCAAAGAGAGCUGCGCAGUAAGGAAACCCCCGAGAAGACCUUUCCCAUGAGGUCGGGGUUAGAAAGGGACCUCAUGCUCCCGUGCAAAGAGGAGCCCGAGCUGAGCUGUCAGAUUGAAGACCUGCCCUUCAUGUCCACUACAGAGAUGUACCUCUGUUGCUGGAACCAGCCUCCUCUCUCGCCCUUGCGUGAGACUUCCCCUAAAAAGGAAGAAGAGGUGGCCAGUGAGUGGACUCCUCAUGUAGUACAUGAUAUGCUGAUUGUUUUUCCAUCUUGGAGAGAAAAUCCCAUUGAGCCUCUGGACGAGGACCCCUCCUUCAUCCCCCCCGAGCCGCUGGACGACAACGUGUUUUUGAAACGCCACUUGAAGCUGGAGUUGGACGAGAAGAGGAGGAAAAGGUGGGACAUCCAGCGAAUCAGAGAGCAGCGCAUGUUCCAGCGUCUGCAGCAGCGCAUGAACCGGAAGAAGGUCGUCCUGGAGACGGAGCCCGAGCUCUCGUCCUUCUACCCCGACACCGAAGACGUUGAAACCAUCGUGAUCACUCCCUUCUUGCCUGUGGUGGCAUUCGGCCGGCCGUUGCCCAAACUCUCACAACAGAACUUCGAGCUGCCGUGGCUGGACGACCGAAGUCGCUGUCGCAUCGAGGUGCCCAAAAAACACACUCCUCACCGGACCUGUCGGAAGUGAAACCUGUCGUGUGUGUUUGUGUGUGAGAGACAGCGGAGAGACGGCGCUCCAUGCCCGGAUUAGAAAAUACUAUAUUUGUCUGGUGUGGAGAGAGGAGGGGGGAGCGGGGGGGGGGGGGGGGGGGGGCCCUAUGUAUAACUGCUGUUGCUUUCAGUCUGAAGUCUCGCCGCUGACCUCCUGACCUCCUGCAGAAUAUCACACGAGCAUGGGAGACAUAUAGCUCAACAUCCCCGUGUUAUGUGCACGUUCGGUAACAUGUUUAAAACUCAUUUUGUAGCGGCUGUUCCAUCAAGAAAAGAAAAGAAAAAAACAAAACGGAUUUCAUCACAUAAAAGUGGAGGUUUCUGUCGCUUUUUUUUUUUUUUUUUUUUUAAACGCGGCCGACGGGAGAAAGUGGAUUCUAGUCUCAAGUGCGUACUAAUAAAAAAAGAAAACAUUGGUUUCCAUCUUGACUUGAAAGUCGAGCUCGUGCUGUUCGCCGCGAGCGACCUUUUGGGUUCUGGUGUCGUCCUUCCGGCCUAUAUACACGUGGAAGAAAACCAAUAUCUAAAUCUGACUGUGUCGUGCUGUGUAUUGCCUAUAUCGAAUAAGAUUUAAAUAUCAAUGUUUGGUGUGAUAUCGGGAGGUAUUGAGCCGCACACUCGGGCAUGAUGAUGAUUUCAUAAUCAAAUAAUCGCAGUUCCAAUGUGGGGAAUGUUCCUGGUUUGCUUCAUGGAAAGCAGCACGGAUGAUGAGACGUGAGUCCUGGACCCCCAGCUGGGUCCUAUUAGUUUAUUUUAUAAGUGCAUGGACUCUAUUAGCCGUUUGUCUAAUUUAAAAAAAAAAACACACAAAGAAAAACAUGGUAGGACGGCUGCGAAUAACAACCUACGGUAUGUGGAGCCCACAACAAAGUUAUGCGGUUUUGAUCUUUACGGUUUCGCUUAUAUUCUAAUAUUAGGCAAGUUGUGUGUACACGCAUUUGCUCUGGGGAACCCAUUGUAGAGGGUAAAUAAGCGCUGCAGCUCUAUAGAUGAUCAGUCUGCUCUCCGACUGUCAAUCUCUCCCUCUGCGUCUUCUUCUUCUUCUUCUUCGCUCGACCUCUUAACGAGACGCUCUCUGCAGCUUCCUCUCUCCGACCCGCAGGUUGUGGAAAUAAUAAUUAGAUUAUUUUUUUCUUUUCUUCUUUCAUUUUUCUGUACAUAGCUUCCAGAAACAAAUGUACAUAAAACAUGGCUGGUUAUUUUUUUAUUAUUUAAUGUUGCAAAUGUUGAGUACAUUCAAUAUUGUUCUAUGAUUGUAUGUUGACAAGUUUUGAAAGUUACAUUUUUUUUGGGGAAUAAAAUUAACAUGUCUACGGUA